AUGGCCACCAACGGCGGCGACAGCGGCCCUGGACCGAUCAGCGAGAUGCUAGGGAUGUUGGCCUACGGAUUCGCUCAAGUACAGCCACUACUUCCCCUCUAUACUCAUCUGGUUCUCUCGGCACUGUUCCCUAUCAUCACGGGUGCUUACUCUUCACUCUCACGACCUUCAACAGCAGCAAAGCCCAUCAAGGAAUCAAAAAUCGAGCAUGGAGCAGAUGAACAAGACGACCAAGAUGAAGACGAGGAUAGCAUCCAAAAGAUGGAGGGAUUGAGCCCCAGUGAUGCUGUCAUCUUCCCUCUUCUCGCUGGAUGCACGUUGGGUGGGCUUUACCUACUCAUCAAGUACAUGGGUGCUUCGCUGCUGAACAAGGUCCUACGUUGGUACUUUUCGGCAAUGGCCAUAUUCAGUGUCGCCAAACUCAUGAACGAUGGUCUUGGUGUGGCCGAGUCCUUCUGCUUCCCCCACUACUACACUGAAGGAGGCGUUUUGUGGAAAGUUAGCCAGCCCGAAAGAAAGGCGAUCCACUCAGCCAUCUGCACAAGACCAUCUCCCUUACCAGGAGUUCUAGGUCGCAUCAUUCUUCCUCGACGCGUCCUCGAAGGUUUCUGGACAUUGCGCGGUCUUCUUAGGCGCAAGUACCGUCUGCAACUCCAUCUGUCGAGCUUGGUCAAAUUCAAGGUUACCCUUACCCUACGCACAAUCCUUUCGACUGUCCUUGCACUCGCAACCAUCUUCUACUCCAACUUUGUGUCCGAUGAAUGGUGGCUCACCAACCUGCAAGGGUUUGCCUUCUCUUACAGUGCGCUCCAACUCAUGUCACCCACUACCUUUGGAACCGGAUCCCUCAUACUGAGCGCCUUGUUCUUCUACGACAUCUAUUUCGUCUUUUAUACUCCUCUGAUGGUUACUGUAGCCACCAAACUCGAUGUGCCCAUUAAGCUGCUUUUCCCCAGGCCCCUCGAAGAUGGACAGGUCGCCGCUGACAGGAAGUUGGCCAUGCUCGGUCUGGGAGACAUUGUGAUUCCCGGUAUGAUGAUCGGACUCGCUCUGAGAUUUGAUCUGCAUAUGUACUACCUCAAGAGACAGACGAAGCGCGUCAGGUCUGUCCCUGCCAGCUCCGAUGACAAGAAGGAAGAGAGCGCAAGCAAGGUCGAGGAAGACGUUCAAAAGGAAGUCUACCGCCCCGUCACCGGACACUGGGGCAACAAGUUCUGGACCACUUCCUGGAUCGGCCGCUCCUUACUCCCCAAGUACGACGCCACCAAGAAACUUACUCGCAACCCCAUCCCUACAUUCUCGAAGCCAUACUUCUAUGCUUCGAUCGUCGGCUACGUUCUUGGAAUGUGCGUGACGCUGGGCAUCAUGCAAGUCUAUAGGCAUGCCCAACCUGCCCUUCUGUACCUGGUUCCCGGUGUUUUGGGCAGCUUGUGGUUGACCGCUCUGGUUAGAGGAGAAAUCAAGCAGAUGUGGGACUUUACAGAAGCCAGCGAUGAAGGAGAUGAAGAUAAGCAGGACAAGAAGAAAGAGAAGACCAAGAAGGACGAUGAUGAAGAUAAGAAAGAAUCCACUUCCUGGUGGGGCAAGAGUUUCUUCUCGGCUGAGAAGACGGAGCGCAACGCGAAGAGACUCGAGAAGAAGAUUGCAAAGAGCGUUGGUGGUGAUGAAAAGAGCGAUACCGAAGGCAAGAGCAGUGGCAAGAAGACCGCCAAAGAGGAGAAGGACGCCAACAAGAGCUUCUUCCACUUCUCCUUUACGCCCGCCGUUCCAAAGACCUCAUCACUACCCAACGACGCGAAGAAACGCUCGUCUUCUGUCGACUCUGACAGCGCUACUCUAAUCGGCGAUUCUCAGAUGACUGAGGCAAAUGGACAAGGUCCUAAAUGGAGAGGUGCAGGCCCACAAGAGACCCAAGAGGAGCGGGCUGGCAAAAGAAGACGCAUCUGA